AUGGCAGAACAAAAGUCAGCUAUUCUAUCUGUGUACGAUAAGACCGGUCUCCUGGACCUAGCCAAGGGUCUUGUCGGGCAAAAUGUUCGCAUUGUCGCAUCUGGGGGUACGGCUAAGAUGAUCAGAGAUGCUGGGAUUGCCGUUGAUGAUGUCUCCUCCAUAACCCAAGCCCCGGAGAUGCUUGGUGGGCGUGUAAAGACGCUCCACCCGGCUGUCCAUGGUGGUAUCCUUGCGCGCGAUAUCGAAUCCGAUAAGCAAGAUCUGGCCAACCAGAAAAUUGCUAAAGUUGACUUUGUUGUGUGCAACUUGUACCCUUUCAAGGAUACCGUCGCAAAGCCUGAUGUCACUGUUGAAGGCGCAGUGGAGGAGAUUGAUAUCGGAGGUGUCACUCUGCUACGUGCGGCCGCAAAGAACCAUGCCCGUGUUACUAUUCUAAGUGACCCUGCAGACUAUGGAAACUUCUUGAAAGAAUUGGCCAGCGGCGGCGUGACUGAGGAAACCCGAAAGCUCUACGCGUUGAAGGCAUUUGAACACACGGCAGACUAUGAUGAGGCUAUCUCUGGAUUUUUCAGGAAAAAAUAUGCUGGUAACGGGUCUCAAUACAUUCAACUCCGCUACGGUGCCAACCCCCACCAGGCGCCCGCAUCCGCCUUCAGGAGAAAUGGAAAGCUUCCUUUUAAGGUACUAAACGGAGCUCCUGGAUACAUCAACCUUCUUGACUGUCUAAAUGCCUGGCCACUAGUUAAGGAGUUGAAGCAAGCUCUUGGAUACCCUGCAGCAGCUAGUUUUAAACAUGUCUCGCCAGCUGGUGCUGCUAUUGGUGUUCCAUUGAAUGACAAGGAGAAGCAGGCUUACAUGGUCGACGACAUCAAGGGCAUCGAUGAAUCAGGCCUGGCACAGGCAUAUGCUCGUGCGAGAGGCGCUGACCGUAUGUCCAGCUUCGGAGACGUUAUUGCGCUCUCUGAUGUAGUUGACGUCCCUACUGCAAAGAUCAUCUCCAGAGAGGUCUCAGAUGGUGUUAUUGCACCAGGAUACUCUCCGGAGGCUCUAGAGCUUCUCUCAAAGAAGAAGGGAGGUAAAUACCUUGUUCUUGAAAUGGAUGAGAACUACACUCCUCCAGACGAAGAGACCCGUUCUGUCUACGGUGUCCAGCUCACCCAGCGCCGAAACGAUGCUGUCAUCUCCCCCAAAGAAACCUUUAGCACCAUAGUUACGCCAAAGAACAUGAGCUCGUUGCCAGAGCCGGCCCUCCGAGAUCUCACAGUAGCUACAAUUGCCUUGAAGUACACACAGUCAAACUCUGUGUGCUAUGCCGUCAACGGACAGGUUGUCGGCCUAGGCGCUGGCCAACAAAGCCGCAUUCACUGCACCCGUCUUGCUGGCGACAAGACUGAUAACUGGUGGAUGAGAUUCCAUGAACGAGUCCUCGGAAUCAAAUGGAAGGCUGGAGUGAAGCGUGCAGACAAGAGCAACGCAAUUGACAUGUUGUGCUCAGGACAAAUCCCACGGUCUGAUGUCGAGAAGGCGGAUUACGAACGUGUCUUUGAGGAAGUUCCUGCUCCUUUUACCCCGGAGGAGCGAGAGGCCUGGCUAGAAAAGCUUACUGAAGUCGCAAUUUCUUCGGAUGCCUUUUUCCCAUUCAUCGACAAUGUAUUCCGUGCUGCACGCUCAGGUGUUAAAUACAUGGCGGCACCAAGUGGCAGCCAAAAUGAUGGGCCAGUGUUCGAAACUGCCGAAAAGCUGGGUAUUGUCUUUGUUGAACAACGCAUCCGAUUGUUCCACCACUAA